UUUGUGAUUAAAAAAAAUGAAAAAUACAAAACACGGAAGGCACGUCUCUUAAUAUGGCUCCAGAAGGAACGUACCUUAUGAGACACCUGUCGAAACAUGAGUGUGUGGAGGAGAGAGACGCACAGUGUUCUUGAAUCGCCGAUUCCGACUACGCUUUCCGAUUGCAGAUGGAGGAGGCCCUCGUGGCUUCCCUCUCUUCCCAAUCUCGUGCUCUACCGUCGCCUCCCGUCGUUGAGUAACGUUGAUGCCGAAGCGUAAGUUUCUGAUCCCCAAUUUCUCUUCUCCAAUUCUCGAUAUGGCUUCUCCUUGCUUCUUUCUCUGUUGCUGGAUUGGUUCAGCACCGUCAUCAACAACAAGAUCCAUCUCAGCUAACACUUAAACGUGGAAUAAAAGAUAUUAUCCGGAGGGCGCCAAGCGGUUGCUAGUGUGUGGUUUUCAAUUUCUCUCCACAAAAACCAAAAAUGCGUUGCGUGGCUUGUUCUUGGUCACGGCCAACCGGAGCUUCUCGAAUCUCCUUUGGUGGUCACCUUUCGUCUGGAUUUCACCGCUCUCAUUUAUCGUCGUCAUCUCUCUCUUUUCCAUCCUCUGGCGAUGCGAGCUUCCUCGUGUCCUGCUCCUCCGCAUCUGAAUCGUCCGAUCAUAAAGAUUCGUCAAACCGCUCGUACAGCCGUCGAUGGUACAAUCCUCUUCCUCGGCGUCGACAUGCGGAUCAAAUGCCUACUUCACGGAUUCCUCGUGACUGGAUUGAUUCAGAUACCUCUACCGUGUCCGAAGAUUCAGACAGAUUCACAGUCGUGUCAUACAACAUACUGGGAGAUAGAAACUCAUCAUAUCACAAAGAUUUGUACUCCAACGUCUCGUUUCCUUACCUCAAGUGGGGUUACCGCAAAAGGUUGAUAUGCGAGGAACUCAUUCGUCUCAGACCAGACAUAAUCUGUAUGCAGGAAGUAGACAAGUAUUUCGAUCUAUUCAGCAUGAUGGAGAAAGCUGGAUAUGCUGGCUCCUACAAGCGGCGAACUGGAGAUAACGUAGAUGGAUGCGCAAUCUUUUGGAAGGCUGACAGGUUUCGGGUUUUGGAGAGGGAAAACAUUGAGUUUAGCCAGUUUGGUAUGCGUGAUAACGUUGCACAGCUUUCUGUUCUCGAGCUGAGGAAGUCUAUGUCAAGAAAGAUACUGGUGGGUAACAUUCAUGUGCUUUAUAAUCCAAGUAGAGGAGAUGUGAAGCUGGGUCAGAUCCGUUCGCUCUGCACAAAGGCUCACUUGCUCUCUAAGAAAUGGGGUGAUAUUCCUAUUGUUCUAGGCGGAGAUUACAAUAGCUUACCCCAGGUACAUACAUUUUCGGAUAAACGCUUUCAGUUUCGUAUUUGUUUAUCUCAUUGCUUGAUGUUAUCUAAUCACAAGCAGAGUCCAUUGUACAACUUCUUGGCGUCCUCUGAACUGAAUAUCAUGAAACAAGACAAAAGGGAGCUGUCUGGCCAGAGAAAUCGUCUUCCUAACCAAGUUCUUGAGGCAGGAGGCAAACCUAGUAAUCCAAUAACUUCCAUAAACAGAUGCUUAAGUAGCUCUUGGAGCAACGAAGAGAUCCGGCUUGCGACCGGGCAAGAAAGCUCGUACUGGGCUGUGCAUCCGUUGAAACUCCAUAGCUCAUACGCCUCAGUUAAGGGUUCAAAAAAUACUAGAGACUCUGUUGGUGAACCUCUAGCAACCUCAUACCACUCGAAAUUUCUUGGAACGGUUGAUUACCUCUGGUACUCGGAUGGUGUUGCACCUGUUAGAGUUCUUGAUACACUUCCCAUUGAUGUCCUCUGCAGAACCAGAGGCCUUCCUUGUCAAGAGUUGGGUAGCGAUCACUUGGCAUUGGUUUCUGAAUUUUUCUUUGAACCGAAUGGUUGAUGACUUCUGAAACCAGCUACGAUUGCUUACGGGUUACAUAUUUGUUUAUGAUAAUACUCCAUCUGUUCCAUAAUAUAAGAUGUUUUGCAUACAUCACAAGAAUUAAGAAAUUUAACUUUUUAGAAAAUUA